AUGAGCCAAGCGUCUCCAUGGCUGACGACGACGGCGACCAGCAGUGCAGCAGAGCAGCCACUGGCGUCCCUGCCGCCGAUGGCGACCCACGACCGCCGCCUGGGCUCUCCCGUCAUGGCCAGGAAGCCGAAACGACGCCAACAAGCCCUGGGCCACAGCGCCAAUUUGCAAAUCUGUUUCAUGCCCGACGACCUGCUCGACGAUGACGACCUCGUGUCGACGACGUCAGCGACGAUGGCGUCGUGUGACAGACUUUCGGCAGGCCCCGGGAUCGACGGUCUGGAUGUCAGGCUUCCGUCGCCAGUGCAGCCCAAGUCACUGCCCGCCAGCAGUGGCAACGCUGCCGGCAGUGUUGCCAAUGGACGGCAGAAAUGCGUCGAUGACUCCGCACAACAAGACGAUUUCUGGAGAAAACAGGCCAGGCUUCAAGCAGAGGCCAGAGUGGCCCUGGCACAGGCCUGUCACAUGGCCAAGAUGCAAAUGGAGGUGGAACGUCAGCGCAAGAAGAACUCUCCCAUUUCAGAUAUGAUCUCCCUCCCUGUAUCUUGUUCAGGGCACAGGCGACUAAGCAGAAGUUUGCUCACCAGGAUCAACCUUGAGGAACUGAAUGCGAUUCAAACUUCCCUCAUCAUGGAAGUCAAAAAGUUGAAUGAGCAGCUGGUCACAAACCUGAUGAUGAGAGAUGAAUUACACAUGGAACAGGACUCCAUGCUUGUGGAUUUGGAGGACCUGACAAGAUACUUGAGUGCCAAAGAAGAAAUCUUGAGAGUUAGAGGUCCACCCAUGAAUCACAACAAGACGGAGGCAAUCAAGAUGCAAUCCAAGCAGAACAACAAAUUCAGCUUGAAAAGUCUCGUGAAAUUCUGACCUGUUAUUCAAUGGCAGAAAAAUCAGGAGAGAAAAAAAAAACAAGCAGGUUUUGUUGACAAAAUGCGGAAGCAUACACAAAACGAUACCUUUGUAUAAGCGGAACCGGAUUGUGAACACUGUUCCUCCCUGUUUGUUUGUUUGUUUGUUUGUUUUUUUGAGCGGAAACAAAAUGUGAUUUUGAUCAUGGUGUAUUCGAAAGAAAAGAAAGGAGAAAAAUAUUGUUCCUGAGGGAUAAUUGGAAUGACACCAUAUUACCACCGGUUUUUUUCUAAAACGGAAUGUCCGAUUUUAUUCGCUUAAUAAUUUCGUCGCGCUGAUGAUGAGAUGAUGAUGAUGAUGAUGUUAUUUGCAAGAGAAAGAAAGGCUUUGAACGUUGAUGAAGUUCUUUUAGAAGUCGAUCUUGGACAGUUGCGAAAAUUUUUUUCUCCUUUUUCUUUAUUCUGGGGACUCAUUGAUGAGAAUCACUCACGUGCUGAGUGUUUUCUCUACUUGGAGUUCUCAAACGUCAGAUGCAAAAUCUGCAAUAAAUCCAUCUGGACAUUUUUCAUGAAACAA